ACGACGACGACGCCCCAAUCUACGAGCACUACGACCACCGUAACCAAUGGUAUCGUCACACCUUCCCCAACGCAAGGCGCGAUCGCGAAGAACUGCGACAAGUUCCACUUUGUACAAAAAGACGAAACAUGCAAGCAGCUAGCCGCCCGCUACGGCAUCUCGGUGCAGCAGUUUUACGAAUGGAAUCCCUCCGUCGGGGCAAACUGCGAAACUCUAUGGCUCGCCAACGCCUGCGUUCACACAAUCGGCUACGUCUACCCCGUGACCGCGAACUGCUACACCACAAACGACAACUUGCUCUGGGGAGACAACAGGCCUGCCGCGGUCACCAGCGUGGGAUACUGGUGCGACGGAAACUCCGACAAGGAUGGGGUCGGCGCUUACACUCCCAACCAAGUCAAGACUGGGUGCUAUAACGCUCCCUUCGGCAACAUCAAGAUAGGGUUCUGGUUGCGCAACGAGUUUGGCAUCGACAUGUCCCUGUCGCGGGACAAGUGUAACCAGCUAGUCAAGAUGGCUGUCGAACGUUGCGACCGCGGAGGGUAUCUCUCCUUGGAGAGCUGGUUUGUCAUGUAA